AAUGGAUAAACUGAAAACUUACUGAAAUCAAUUGAAAGAUAUUGAUUUACAUCCACCCAAAAAGACUAGACGAAACAAAACCGCCACUAUCUAAUUUUACAAGUUUUGCUUCUUCAGUGCAAAAGUAGGCAGGGCGGCGGCCGUUUGCACCGCCCACUCGCUGAUGCAGCAUCCGCCGAUGAGAGCUGAAAUGCGGCCUGUUUUGUUUUUGGUUGUUGGCUCGGCACCACAGACAUGGCGGCGGGAGACUCGGAGUUUAGGUGACUCCCUCCAGCAACCUUUCCAGUAGCGUUGAAACUUUUUUGAGCAUAAUAUCACAGGAGUUAGCGGGAAACUGGCAGCUUUGGUGGGCAGCCGGCUCCGCCUGAAUGACAUGAUGGAGGUUACGGCGGAGGGAGAGGCGGAGGAGCGCAGGAGGGAGCAAUGGAAGCUGCUGUCCAGCCUGAAGACCACGGUGGAGGGCCUCGUGUCCACCAACAACCCCAACGUCUGGUCGCGGUACGGCGGCCUGCAGAGGCUGCACAAGGACAUGAACAACAUCCUCGGUCACAGACUGAAGAACGAGCAGAUGUACUACAAGCAGCGAGAUUACUGGCCUUUUGUUUGGUGUGUUCGCUACAUCAGCCCCCACCUCGCCAUGCACGUUGAACAGUUCAGUCACCUGGAGCCGGUUCUGAGCGGCGGGGUGCACAGAGCCGGUGAGAGCCACAAGGCCGAGCACUGGUUGCUGCACAGCUUGCAGGUUCAUAAGCUGUCAGCUCAGCUCAAACCUCUGCUGAGGCAUCUGGGAAACACACGGAAAUAUUACAACGACGACGCCUUCCUGCUGAGCGAGCCUCAUGUGACGGCCAUGUUUCAGUGUCUGGAGGCUGUGGAGCAGAAUAAUCCCAAACUGCUGGCCCAAGUAGACACGGUUGGGCUUUCCCCGCUGAAAGGCUCUCCGUGCCUGAGUCUGCUGAAGAGCCAGAGCCUGUGUGUGCUGCCAGGGGCCCUGGGGACCUGGAGGAACGCCGACACGGCUCCUGGAGGAGACUCUCUGAACCGCAGACUAACCACCUCAAACUGCUCUCUGCGAGAAGCGGUCGCAGCCAAUUACAGGCCAGCAAACACUACAGCUGCUAGAUCCCCUAAAGGCAACAACACAAGUGAAGAAAGCAUCAAUACCAAGUACACUACCUCUCCAGCCAGCAGCGCGGAAACUCCCUGGGUGGUCGUGUCCAGGCCGGGGGAUGGUGAACAAGGUGUGACGCCAUCUCCUGGAUCAAUUUCCGUCCCUCAUAUCUCCCUGUCGGAGUCCCCAUCCUCCUCCGUUCAGCCCGAGGCCGGGGACUCCUGCGAUGGCGACUCCGACGACGGGCCGGAGUAUCUGGCUAUCGGUAACCUGGGGCAACGCAGUCGCCGCGAUUCCCGAAGCUCCAUCCACAGCAGCGAGCAGGACCAGACUAAGGAACCCUGCACACAGCAGAGUUCCCAGACCUCCACCCCUCCGAGGCGCUCGUCUUUCUCAGAGGGCCAGAGGGGCCUCAGCAGGGGGGCCAAAGCACACACCCGCUCGUUUUCGGACACGGGUAUCAGUCAAAAACUCAGGAAUGGAGGGGGCCACAGAAAAAUCACCAUAAUAAUAGAGGAUCCAGUAGCAGAAUCAGCAAGCGACAACUCCAGCAUGAAAGACUACAGUCCCUUCUCUCCUCAGCGCAGCGAUGCCAGCACCCCCAGUUCUCUUUACAUGGAAUCCUAUGGGCCCCAGUACAGCAGUGUGCCAGAUGGGAUGUUCAGGAAGCCAUCGAAGGGACAGAGCCUCAUCAGCUACCUGUCAGAGCAGGACUUUGGCAGCUGUGCUGACCUAGAAAAGGAAAAUGCUCAUUUCAGCAUCUCGGAGUCCCUCAUCGCCGCCAUUGAGCUGAUGAAGUACAACAUGCUGCGCCAGGAGGAGAACGGCGAGGAGGAGGGAGACAGCGACUCCGAGAUUCAGCAGCUCAAACAAAAAAUCCGUCUGCGGAGGCAGCAGAUCCGCCGCAGCCGUCUGCCGCCCUGCACAACCUCCCAGCACCAUUUCCACUCCACUGACAGCGGAGGCUCCAGGAGGAGCUCUCAGGACUCCUACCAGGGCCUGUCCGACUCCGGCUCGGCCGAGGAGGUGGAGGAGUGUGAACUGCAAGAUGGCUGUGAGGGCCAGUCCCUGCUGGCGGUGUCUCAGAGCGGCCUCUCCUUAUCACUCGCCUCCCUCUUCUCAGAUGCAGACAUAAAGCGCAGCGUAAGCUCCAGUGGCAGGUCCUUCCUGAGCUCUGAAUCCAUCUCUCCCUCCUUCCUCCAGUCUAACUCGGCUGAGUCGGUGGCGAUGGGUUUGCUAAGGCAGUUCGAGGGCAUGCAGCUUCCUGCAGCUUCAGAGCUCGACUGGCUGGUCCCAGAGCACGAUGCUCCACAGAAGCUGCUGCCUAUUCCCGACUCUCUGCCCAUCUCUCCUGAUGACGGAGAGCACGCAGAUAUCUACAAGUUGAGGAUUCGAGUUCGAGGCAACCUCGAGUGGGCGCCGCCGAGACCGCAAAUCAUCUUCAACAUCCAUCCUGCACCAAAGAGGAAGAUCAUUGUUGCCAAGCAGAACUACCGCUGUGCUGGAUGCGGCACCAAAAUUGACCCAGACUACAUCAAGCGUCUGCGAUACUGCGAAUACCUCGGCCGCUACUUCUGCCAGUGCUGCCACGAGAACGCCCAGGCGAUYGUUCCCGGCCGAGUUCUCAGGAAGUGGGACUUCAGCAAGUACUACGUCAGCAACUUCGCCCGGGACCUGUUGAGCAAGAUUUCAGGAGACCCUCUGUUCAACCCGAGUGACAUCAACAACGGCUUGUACAAGAAGAUCAAGUCUCUGGAGUCUGUCAGGGUUUUAAGAGUGCAACUUUUUCACAUGAAAAAUCUCUUCAAGACUUGUCGCUUUGCCAGAGGGGUUCUUGACCAGUUYGACAGCGUGCCGGGUCACCUGACCGAGGACCUUCACCUCUUCUCGCUCAACGAUCUCACUGCUGUUCGCAACGGAGAACUGGCUCCUCGGUUGAAAGAGCUGCUUAAGCUUGGCACCAUGCAUGUGGCUGGUUGCGUGUUGUGUCAGGCGAAGGGCUUUGUCUGCGAGUUCUGCAACAACGACAAAGACAUCAUCUUCCCUUUCCAGCUCRGCAAGUGCCAGCGCUGCGAAGAGUGCCACGCCUGUUACCAUCAGAGCUGCUUCAGGACGAGUAAAGACUGCCCCCGGUGUAGGAGGCUGGCUGAGCGCCGGGAGAGGAUGGCACGCAGAAACAUGGAGGAGCAAGAGGACGAAGGAGGGGGAGACUUGGUGCCGGCAACACGAUGACCUCAGGAAAGAAGAAGAAUUGGAGGACAAAUCGACGAUGAUUGUAGCCUCUGACCUUCUCCCCGUCUCCAGCUCAUUCCUCUCAGAUCACCAGAGAAAGCUUCUUUUUUUUUUUUUUUUUUGACCACGUAUGGAAGUGGAGUUUUGAGAUGAAUGUUUUCUACAAGCCCCUUCAAGAUAUGCACUUUAUUUUUAUUAAUGCUUGAAAAGUAUAUCGAUUAUUAUGCAAAUUUAGCUGAAUUUUCUCCACAACGUGGGCAAAAACAACUAAUAAGGCAUUCUUUUAAAAUUGACACAUUGAAGAUUUAAUUUCUUAAACCUAACAAGCUAACAAUUCAGCCUUUACGCCUCAAAAAAAUCUGUUGAAUUGUUUUGAUUGAAAAUUAUUUUUAAGUUUAUUAUAUUUAUGUAACUCUUCUCCUCCUUACCAGCUUUCCUCAACAGUGCUGAAUCAUUCCUGUACAAAUAGACCAGCUCUGUAUGAGAGAUCAAACCUGCGGCCUUGCACAGUCACUUGAUGCUAAUAAUUUUGCAGUUUUAUCUGCAACACGAGCCAAAGACCAUCUUUAACUUUCAGCACUUGUGUGUUGUGAAAUGUAACCAAUCUGUCAACAAAAUAAGAGUAUUUAAUUUA